UAUUUUGGGCAAGUCUGUGUACUGAGGCAGCUCAAACGGAGAGAGAGAGAGAGCGAAGGAGAGCGCACGGCGCAAAGAGCAGACACAGGGAAGAGAGGGAGGAAAAGCGCACAGAUUUCCGUGGCAUUCUGCAUCUCGCGCACACUGAGUGGGCGCAACAUCUCUGUAUGAGAAGGGAGGACCGAUAAAAAGACAUUAAUGUGUUGUUUUAUGGAAAUUAGAACAACUUGAGCGAGAAUACAUUUAGCAAACGAAUGUGUUUCACUCCUCGCUCCGCGGAGAGAGACAUGCAGCAGCUGAUUGAGGGAGCACAACAUUUAGUAAGUUAAAACUGGGAUUGACCUUUACUGCGUUUUGGAGAUUUUUUGGGAUCUGUUUUUGACUUGCACGAAAAAUGCAACCCGGAAAAAUGAAAGGACUAUUUAUGACAAGAAUGUGGAAAGUUGUGGCUGUUUUUGCGCUGGCGACACAACAUGUCACCGGUAAGACAUUGAAAUAUCAGAUUCACGAGGAGCAGAAGGUUGGCACGGUGAUCGCCCGUUUGAAAGAAGAUGUGGCGGAUGUUCUGGCUAAACUUCCGAGCUCGGUGUCACUGCGCUUUAGAGCUAUGCAAAGGGGGAGCUCGUCUUUCCUAACCGUGCGCGAGCAGGACGGAGAAAUCAGCAUCAGGACCAAAAUUGACCGAGAGAAACUCUGCGAAAAGAAUCUCAACUGUUCCAUUCAAUUCGACGUGCUGACGCUCCCCACGGAGCACUUGCAGCUUUUUCACGUCGAGGUGGAAGUGUUGGACAUCAACGACAACGCACCCCAGUUUGCCCGCGCCGUCAUCCCCAUUGAGAUCUCUGAGAGCGCGGCCGUGGGUGCGCGCAUUCCCCUGGACAGCGCCACAGACCCCGAUGUCGGGGAGAACUCACUGUACACGUAUGCCUUAGAUUCUAACAACUUCUUUAAGAUUGACAUCCAGUCCCGGACUGACGGUGCUAAAUAUGCAGAGCUCGUGGUGCUCAGGGAGCUGGACCGGGAGGUGCAAUCCGGGUAUGAACUUCAAUACACUGCCUCUGAUCGAGGCGUUCCCCCGAGAACAGGUUCUACCCUCCUCAAAAUCAGUGUUUCCGAUUCAAAUGACAACAGCCCGAUUUUUGACAAGUCAUCAUAUGUCAUUAACCUCCCAGAAAACGCACCUGUUGGUACUCUGCUAAUUGACCUAAACGCCACUGACGCGGAUGAAGGCACCAACGCUAAAAUAGUCUACUCAUUCAGCAGUCACGUGUCCCCCAAAAUAAUGGAGACUUUCAAGAUUAACCCCGACAGCGGCCGCCUGACUCUCAUGAGGCGCGUGGACUAUGAGGCCGUUAACUCUUUCGACAUCGAUGUCCAAGCGCAGGACAUGGGUCCCAACUCAAUGCCAGCUCACUGCAAGAUCCUGGUCAAACUGGUGGAUGUGAACGACAAUAAACCGGACAUCAGCAUCAAUCUCAUGUCCUCUCAGGGGAAUGGGGACGCAGCUUAUAUAUCUGAGGCUUCUCCUUUGGACACAUUUGUAGCGUUGGUGAGGGUGGAGGACUUGGACUCAGGUUUGAAUGGAGAGGUGGAGUGUAAGCUCCACGGUCAAGGAUAUUUUAAGCUGCAGAAGUCCUACGAGAACAACUACAUGAUUUUGACCAAUGUGUCUCUGGACAGAGAGAAGAGGUCAGAGUUCAGUCUGACGGUGGUGGCAGAGGACAGAGGGACCCCCAGUCUCUCUACUGUCAAACAUUUCACUGUGCAUGUGACUGAUGAAAAUGACAACCCGCCACGUUUUGAGAAGGGGCAAUACGAGAUCUUUAAAUCUGAGAACAACGCCCCUGGAGCGUAUCUGACGUCCAUCAUGGCCACUGAUCCUGAUCUGGACAACAACGGACAGGUGAGCUACUCCAUCAUGGAGAACUCUGUUCACGGGAGCUCCAUCUCCACCUACGUCACCAUUGACCCCUCUAAUGGCGCCAUUUACGCACUACGCACGUUUGAUCGCGAGGACGUUAGUCGCAUCUCGUUUGUUGUGCAAGCCAAAGACGCGGGAAAACCACCGCUGUUCAGCAAUGCCACAGUUAUUCUGAACAUUCUGGAUGAGAAUGACAACCCUCCAGUCAUCGUGGUCCCCCAACUGUGGAACUUCACUGCUGACGUACCUGCGUCAAAGUUCACAGAGGCCGGAAACUUAGUAACCGCGCUGAGGGUGACUGAUCGAGACACAGGGGUCAAUGCCGAGCUCAUUUGCUCCAUCGUCAGUGGCAACGAGGAGGGGUUCUUCAUUAUUGACCCAAGAACGUGUGAAAUCCAUGCCAAUGCCAGCUUGGAGAACUUCCCCCAUGAGCACGCUGAGUUGACGGUUGUGGUCAGAGAUCAGGGAAGGGAGAACCUCAGCACUAAGGCGGCGCUGAAAAUCACCCUCUACGAGAACCACGUCCAGGUGAUGGACCAGGUGGAGUCUUCCCUCGAUGCAUCCCUGAUCAUCAUCAUCUCCCUAGGGGCCAUCUGCACCGUGCUCCUGGUCAUCAUGGUGGUGUUUGCCGCCCGCUGUAACCGGGAGAAGAAGGACACGAGGCACUCGUACAACUGCCGGGUGGCAGAAUCCACCCACCAGCACCAUCCCAAAAAGCCAUCGCGCCAAAUCCACAAAGGCGACAUCACCCUGGUUCCCACGGUGAACGGCACUUUGCCAAUCAGAGCUCACCACCGCUCCCCGUCAGACACGCCACCCAUGGACCGGGCCCAGAUUGGGAGCCGGCAGAAUCACCACAGCCGCCAAUCGCUCAACAGCCUGGUUACCAUCUCAUCCAAUCACAUUCCAGAGAGCUUUGCCCUGGAACUGGCGCAUGCAACUCCACCAGUGGAGCAAGUCUCACAGCUUCUGUCCAUGCUCCAUCAGGGCCAGUACCAGCCCAGACCCAGUUUCCGUGGCAACAAAUACUCCCGGAGCUACAGGUAUGCAUUACAAGACAUGGACAAGUUCAGCCUCAAGGACAGUGGCCGUGGGGACAGCGAGGCGGGGGACAGUGACUGUGACAUGGGUCGGGAAUCCCCCGUGGACAGACUGCUGCUGGGGGAGGGCUUUUCUGACCUUAUACACCUCGAAAUGCACCAUCGACUCCACCCAGCUAUGAGACUGUGCACGGAUGAAUGUCGAGUCCUGGGACACUCUGACCAGUGCUGGAUGCCUCCCCUUUCCUCGCCUGCUUCCUGCGACUACCGCAACAACAUGUACAUCCCCGGGGAGGAGUCCUCCCAGCCGCCCCAGAUCGAUGAUGACCAGUCCUCCGUCGACUCUGAGCGCCGCAAGAGCUUCUCCACUUUCGGCAAGGAGGCUGGGAGCGAAGAGGCGGGGGGAGUUGUCGCCGGAGAAGGAAGCGAUGCUUGUGCGGCUGCAGGAGGAGGGGCUGGUUCCCUCCUCACAGAGAUGAACUCCGUGUUCCAGCGACUCCUCCCCCCUAAUAUGGACUCGUACACGGAGUGCACUGAAACAAGCCCGCCUUCGUCCUCGGCGACCACUGAGAGAGGAAGUGGGCGUGGUGGCAACAUUGCAGGUAACCACAGUAACAACACUGUUCCUCAGGACAACCGGAGAGGGUUGUUGCCGGGCGGGAAAGGUCCAGCUUACCCCCCAGGUGUGGCUGCGUGGGCGGCCAAUACCCACUACCUAAAUCCUGGAAGUGGAUCAGUUGGAAACAAUCACGUCGCUUCCUCUUCCUCCUCAUCCUCUACGUCCACUUCUACUUCUACCAACGGACAGCCGCCGCACCUCAAAUGGCUGCCAGCCAUGGAGGAAAUCCCAGAGAAUUACGAGGAAGAUGACUUCGAAGGCGUCUUCCAUCAGGGCGGCAAGCGCAGCGAGAGCCGCCAUGAUGCCGGCAUGGACGCUAGCGAGCUGGUGCACGAGAUCAACAAGCUGCUGCAGGACGUCAGGCAGAACUAGAGAGGAGGCAUAGCAUGGUUUCACAUUUCUUGUUCUUUGUGCCAACAUAUAUGAACGUCAUGAUGACUGUUUUUCUUGUUCACUGUAAUGCUCGUCUUGUUUACUUUUUACCAAAUGCCCUCGUUACCUCUCAGUGCUGAGAGACUUGCGGAGAAAAGUAAAAACACGGCACUGAAGUUGUGAUUGAGGUGACUUAAAGGCAUCAAAGCGAGUGCUCCAAGAACAGAUUGCUCAGUUGUUAUUACCGUCUCUCUGAAAGCUGUGUGAAUGAGUGAUUUCAAACGGAAAUCCGCCGACAAAAACUGUACGCUUUCUUCAUUUGUAAUGUUUACAGCAGCGUGAACAGACUCCGCAGGGAGGAACCAACAGUUGUGUGAUCUAAUUUCUGCUUAUUACAGUGUACAGUAUUGUACAGUGUGUGUGGAACGAGGCAAACUCACUUGAAUAUAGUGCUACAGUAGGUCUCCUGUUUUGUUAUCAUGGAAUGUAACUGUACAAUUUGACCUUUGUAUUUUAAAAAUACACUCUUUUUUACUUCUAUAUAUUUAUAUGUGUCCAUGUAUGUUUGUACAGAAAAAAAAUAUGUUUAUUUUUUAUAUUUGUCACUGCAUGUCUUAAUAUCACUUAAUGUGUCUCUUUUUCCUCGGCCGUUUAUUUUAUAAAAAACAAUUGUAUUUAAUUUUGGUAUUGUGUGUGCGUGUGCGUGUGCGUGUGCGUGUGCGUGCGUGUGUGUGUGUGUGUGUGUGUGUGUGUGUGUGUGUGUGUAAAAUAUAUUCACAUUCCAAUGCAGUUCCAUGUUGGAAGUUGGUUUUGUAUGGUGAAAUUGUGACCAUUAGGUGAUAAAUAAAGUGGAGGGAUUCAUAACAGAG